UCCCUCCUCCUUCAAGCUUUUCCAUGUCUAGAAGUUGAGUCUUUGGUUCCAUCUCCUUCUCAUCCUUCACCUACUUCGCCUGCAACUCCCGUUUCUCCCCCUCCAAUCUCCACCUAGGUGUCAGUGAUCAACUUUCUGCCAUUCCUGCUUGGUUGCAGUUCUCCCUUCAUGGUCAGCCAUAGGUUGUAGGAGGACGAAUAGAAUGAUGUGUGUUGAAGCACAGGACCCUGGUUACUCUGAGUUUGUUGAGGUUGAUCCCACUGGAAGAUAUGGCAGGUACAAUGACAUCCUUGGCAAGGGAGCUUCAAAGACAGUUUAUAGGGCUUUUGAUGAGUAUGAAGGGAUUGAGGUUGCUUGGAACCAGGUGAAGCUCUAUGAUUUCCUGCAGAGCCCUGAGAACCUGGAGAGGCUCUACUGUGAGAUCCACCUGCUCAAGACUCUGAAGCACAAGAACAUUAUGAAGUUCUAUACCUCAUGGGUGGACACCUCUGAGAGGAACAUCAAUUUUGUCACUGAGCUGUUCACCUCUGGCACUCUCAGGCAGUAUAGGCAAAAGCAUAGAAGGGUCAAUAUCAGGGCAGUAAAGCAUUGGUGUAGGCAGAUUCUUAGUGCCCUUCUCUAUCUCCACAGCCAUGACCCCCCUGUCAUCCACAGGGACCUCAAGUGUGACAACAUCUUUAUCAAUGGGAAUCAAGGAGAGGUCAAGAUUGGUGAUCUUGGCCUCGCUGCCAUACUCCGGAAGUCGCAUGCUAUCCACUGUGUAGGCACACCAGAGUUCAUGGCUCCGGAGGUGUAUGAGGAGGAAUACAAUGAAUUAGUGGACAUAUACUCAUUUGGGAUGUGCGUGUUGGAAAUGGUCACCUUCGAGUACCCGUACAGCGAGUGCACCCAUCCUGUGCAGAUAUACAAGAAAGUUAUCUCUGGUACCAAACCUGAAGCAUUGUAUAGAGUGAAGGACCCCGAGGUCAGGCAAUUUGUUGAAAAAUGCCUCGCCACAGCAUCCAAAAGGCUUUCUGCAAGGGAGCUGCUAAAGGAUCCUUUUCUACAAGUUGAUGAUCUUUGUUCUAGUUUUGAUGAUGAAGAUGUUCGCAGUAUGGGUCAUAUUCUGUGGCAACCUUCACUUGAAUAUACUGAAAGUAAUGGCUCCUUCAUUGCCAAUGAGUUUUCAGACAGUAUCCACCAUGAAAUGGAAUUGGAGAAUGAUUGGGACUAUGAUGCCACCGAUGUGGAGGUGCGUGGAAAUGACUUGUCGAAUAGUCACAUAGACGAGCAACCUAUCAACGUGGACAUUACAAUCAAGGGAAAGAGAAGAGAAGAUGGGAACAUCUUUUUGAGGCUGAGGAUUUCAGACAAAGAUGGCUGUGUCCGGAACAUAUAUUUUCUCUUUGACAUUGAAGCUGAUACUGCAUUGAGUGUUGCCACAGAGAUGGUGGCUGAGUUAGAUAUAAUUGAUUAUGAUGUGACAAAAAUAGCAGAUAUGAUUGAUGGAGAGGUAGCUUCACUAGUACCAGAGUGGAAGCCAGGUCCAGGUAUAGAAGAAAUUCCAGGAUUUCCUUCAGCUACCAUCUGCCAAAAGUGUGCCUCCACUGUUUCAUCAUGUGGUUCAAUUCUAGACCAUCUCUCAUUGAAAAGCCUAUGCUACGGUAACAUGAAAUCAGUUCAUUGCUGCCACAUUGAGUGUGCUGAAAUGCAUGGCCGAUUUGAAGAGAUAACAUACCAAGUUGAGGGAACUGCACUUUGUGUGGCUGAGGGACCACCUAUGUUAUCGACAAGUCAAUCUGAUGAACUUGAUUUUAGCUCUCUUGCAUCAAGGGUUAAUCACUCUAAUGGAGAUUGUGAAGGAUUAGGCCUACAGGAGAAGGAUGAAAAGGUUAUACAGAUGGAUGACUACAAAAGAAAUGACUCGAGAAAACCUUCAGCCCAACUAUGUUCUGAAUCUCACCAGCAACAAUGUCUUGCCUUACCGGAAUUUAGUUGCCAGUUCACUACACCCGAUAAACUCGACAAUUAUGUAAGCGACUGCACACAGGAUCUGAGUUGGCUGAAGGCAAGUGACCAGAUAGAGCCACAAGCACAGAACCAUCAAGAGUCAGGAAGAUCCAAAAGAGUAUUUCAACCUUCCCCAGACCCUGGCAACAGGGUAAGAAACAAACAAAAUGGAUUGUUGAGAUCCUCAGUUCGAAUGCCUUUACAAGCUUCGGAUGAAAGAAGGGUGAUGAAGUCCUUUCAUUUGGGAAAACAUAACUCAUUCCAUAUUCGUCAAAGUGACACGGACCAGGGCUCCAUCAAUAAGAUGGCUUCUGCUGAUGCAAAUUCAAGGUAUCGCUGGAAUAACUGCUCCGAUUUACAAUCCCAAAAGGAUGGAAAUUGUGAGGUGAACUCUACAGAGUGCUCCGAGCUUAUGUUCACAGCAAAGAACUUCUAUGCUGGGGCUGUCAUGUCAAAUGCUCUCACCAGGACCAAGUCUCUUCCUGUUGAUGCCGUGGAUGCUUAAUAUCUGCAACGUUUUUCUUAUCUACACUGGCAGACUGUGAAUCACCUCACCCCAAUAUUUGUCUCAAAAUUUUCAGCUGUUCAUCUGCCUUGUUGUAGAGGGAUAAUGAGCUGAACUGAAAUGUAUCAUUUUUCAUGUAUUCUUUCAUGUGUCCAUGUACCUAUAUUUACUUGACGGGGCAGAUGAGGAUCGUAAUUUUUAGGCAGGUAUACUGCAAUAUAAUAACUUAUGUAACAUGGUCAAGAGUUGCCAAAAGGCACGGGAAGCAUUCAACUUGAUUA